AUGGAGAUAAUGCUGUUCAUGAUGUUCCUGUUCUCAGUGACAAGAGAUCAUAACCAUUCCUACGUUUGGAGAAUAUCAGGAAUCGAGAUUUCAAAGUAUAUGAAAUAUGACGGAACUAAAACACAAAUAACAGGUGGAAAGUAUUUUUUGCUUUUUAAAGUUAUCCACGAUAAACUAAGGUUUAGUUAUCGUGUAGUGCAUCCGAUUGCUAAUCAUAUAGGGUAUGUAAAACUUAACGAUACGUGGACCGGAGUUAUAGGACAAGUUAUAAAUCAGGAAGCAGAUAUCGCUUUUGUACCAACGGGGAUCACUUACGAUCUCUUUUCUGCGAUGCGGUUUUCGUCCACACUUAGAUUUUCUGAGCACGUUUUUAUCAUUACAGUUCCAGAUAAGGUUUCUGAUUGGAAUUCUUUAAUGAAGCCUUUUUCCUUGGACGUAUGGAUCGCUGUAUUUUCAACUGUAUUAAUACUUGGACUGUCUCUGCAUAUAAUUGUUAAAAAGGACUUAAUCGUUGCGAAGAAUAAGAAACUUUGGACACGUUGUCGUAUUUUUUGGGAUUUAUUUUGCACAUUAUUUGGUCAAGGAUUUGAUAUACAGAAUAUAGAAAGCUUUGCAUCCAGAUUUAUAAUAGGAAUUUGGUGGUUAUCGAUUAUUGUCUUACUAUAUGCUUACAGCGGAACGUUAAUGUCUUUUAUGGCAUGUCCUAUAACUGAGUCGUAUCCUAAAGAUUUUCACGAACUUGCUACUUUUGUUCGUAACGGUGAGUAUUCAUGCGGAUCAAACGAAGGACUGAGCGUAUGGAAAGGUAUCAAAGAAUCGAAGUCAAAAGAUACCAAAAUUUUACGAGAAAACAUAUUGUCAGAUAAUAACUUGAUGACUGUUCCACAAGCAAUCAAGAAAGUACAGAGUGAACGAUUUGCAUACAUAGUUUCUCAAUAUGUGAUAAAUCAGUACAUCAGUAAAUUAAAAAAAAAUAAAUAUAUAAUGUCCACAGAUUCUCUAUAUACAUUUAUCAUUGCUUUUCCAAUUUGUAGAAAUUUUUUUUUCAAGAAAGCUAUAAGCAACACGUAA